AUGUAUGCUAAUAAAGCUUUGCCUCUAUUUUCUAGAACAAUCUCUAGAAGAUCCUUAUAUUUAUUCUCCGCUGCCACUUUAGCAGGCGCUGCUGCUACAGUGACUACCGCCGCUGCAUUCGAUAAUAAGAAACAAUACAACUAUGGUAAUCGUAACAACAACAACAACAACAACAAGAGUGGUUGGGGUAUGUUUGGUACUGCCACUGCUGCCGCUGCUGCCGUUCCAAUUGUUCACAUUGCUGCUGUGAAUAAAGAAAGAACCAUUGACGAUUAUCAACGUAUUUAUAACAAAAUUGCUGAAAAGAUUAGGGAAGAUGACGAAUAUGAUGGAUACAUUGGUUAUGGACCUAUAUUGGUUCGUUUAGGAUGGCAUUCAUCUGGUACUUACAAUAAAGAAAAUAAUUCUGGUGGUUCUUAUGGUGGUACUUAUCGUUUUAAAUUGGAAAACACAGACCCUUCAAAUAAUGGUCUACAAAAUGCCGCUCAUUUCUUAGAUCCAAUCUAUAAAGAAUUUAAUUGGAUUUCUCAUGGUGAUUUAUACACUUUAGGUGCUGUAUGUGCAGUUCAAGAAGCUCAAGGUCCAAAGAUUAAAUGGAGACCAGGUAGAGUGGAUUUACCAGAAAGUGCUACCCCAGAAAAUGGUAGAUUACCUGACGCUGUUAAUGGUGCUGAUUACGUUAGAAAUUUUUAUGCUAGAUUAAAGAUGAACGAUAGAGAAGCCGUCGCUUUAACUGGUGCUCAUUGCCUAGGUAGAACUCAUUUGAAAAAUUCUGGAUUUGAUGGUCCUUGGGGUGCCGCAAGUAGUAGUUUCACUAAUGAAUUCUUUGUGAAUCUAUUAAAUGAACAAUGGAAAUUAGAAAAAAAUGCUGCAGGUAACAAACAAUACGAUUCUCCAAAAGGUUAUAUGAUGUUAGAAACAGAUUAUGCUUUGGUUCAAGAUCCAAUCUAUUUAAAGAUCGUUAAAGAAUACGCUAAUAAUGAAGCUUCAUUCUUUAAAGAUUUCGCUUCUUCUUUCCAAAAAUUAUUGGAAAAUGGUAUUGAUUACCCAAAGGGAGCUCCAGAAUAUGUCUUUAAGACUCUUGAUGAUCAAGACAUGUAA